AUGCGACACUACUUCCCAAACACCAUCUCACUAGCUCAACCACCAAACUCACCAUGGCAUCCGUGCGUAAAGACAAACUUCUAUGAUCAAGCAGUCCAAUCGCUUUCCAUCUUGCCUAACGGAAAGAUGGUUAUUACCGGGCGCCUCGAUGGUUCAGUACGCCUACAGAAUGCACAAACGGGGUCUCAUAUCAGCGGUCUGCUCAUUGGCCAUACAAACCCUGUGACAUGCAUCACGUUUUCUGGCAACGGCAAGCUUGCUGCGUCCAGCUCUUAUGACACCACAAUAAGGUUAUGGGACGUAUCAUUGAAAGCCGAGAUUGCCAGCCAUGUUCUUGCUGGUCACUCUGGCCCCGUCAACUCGGUCACCUUCCAUCCCGGUGCCGCUCUACUUGCAUCUGGCUUGUCUGACAGAACCAUUCAAUUUUGGAAUACCAAGUCCAUGUCUCCAAUAGGCCUGCCAUAUACCAAGCAUUCGGGCAGCGUGACCUCUGUCAUGUUCUCUCUUGAUGGCGCAAAGCUAGUAUCAGGCUCGUCGGACAGGACAAUACGAGUCUGGUCCGUGGACAUUGUCGAUCAAAAGCUGUGUGUAAACCCGCUAGUAAUCACCGGACACUCGGACUCGAUCACGUGCGUUGCGGUAUCUCCCGACGGGACAAAGGUCCUGUCGGGCUCGAUCGACAAGACUGUGCGAAUGUGGGAUGCCGGAACAGGCAAGGAAACAAGUUGUAAACCGCAGACUAACCAUCACAUGAGUAUAACCUGUGUCCGUUUCUCGCCAUGCGGCAAACUUGUUGCGUCUAGCUCCUUGGACGGUGGGAUCCAGCUAUAUAGCACCAAGACAAUGAGCCCAGCGGCUUCCAUGUUUCACCAUACAAACUCUGUCAACUCUAUCGAAUUCUUACCGAAUGGACUAUAUGUGAUGUCUGGGUCGAGCGAUAUGACAACGCGGAUGUGGGAGAUCGAUAGACUGCCAAGAAACUCAAGCUGUCAUAGAGACAUGGCCGUGGGUUCGCUAGUUGGUCACACCUCACCCAUUUAUUGUAUUGCUAUCUCCAGCGAUGGCACUCGCAUCAUAUCUGGUGAUAGCUCGUCCGGAAGCAACAUACGAAUGUGGGACGCCCAGACUGGUGACUUGGUUGGCAGUCCACUCACGGGACAUUCUACUAGUGUGUAUGGAGUUGCAAUCUCGCCUGACAACACCCAUAUCCUAUCUGGAUCCUUCGACCGUACACUCAAGCUAUGGAACACUGCGACACAGACAGCUACCCAUUCCUAUCAGCACACCUCUCCAAUAUGGUGUGUAGCAUUCUCUCCCGAUGGCACUCUCAUUGCAUUUGGCUGCAAUGGUGGAGAUGUAUAUGUAUUUGAAGCGGCCGGGUGGAAGGUCCCUGGUACCGCGCUGCGGCAUCCCAGUAUCUAUGCGUUCUCGGUUGCGUUCUCGCCUGACGGAGCUACUCUUGCAUCCGCGUACAACGAUGGUACCAUAGCUCUGUGGAACGUUGCAACACGUAGUCGUUCCAACAUCCGGCUAUCUGGCCAUACAGACUGGGUACGGUCAGUUGCAUUCUCACCAUGUGGCACUCAGCUGGCUUCUGGCUCUAAUGAUCAGACGGUGCGACUGUGGAAUGUCAAAACAGGCGACAUGAUACAAGAGCUCAAGGGGCAUACUCAGUGGGUAAUGAGUGUUGCCUUCUCCUACAAUGGACUUUACAUAGCAUCAGGCUCUCAUGACAACACCGUACGGGUAUGGAAUGCGAAGAGUGGGGAGCUGAUUGGCCAGCCAUUCGCCGAGCAUUCAAAUCGGGUGAACGCUGUGGCCUUCUCGCCCAACGACAACUACCUAAUCUCUGGUUCAGACGACAAGACAAUUACCGUGCGAAGAAUAAGCGCACCUCCGGGAACCUUCUGUUGGCCCUUGAAUCCAUACAACCUGUCGCCUCAUUCUCACUACCCCGGAUGGACUAGCAACUACGAAUACCUUUCCUUUUGGCUUCCCCCUCAUUACCAACAGCCUGGUCAGUUUCUGAGCUCUAGCGCAGAAAAUCCGUGCCCUCAGACAUUGUUGGACUACUCAAAGUUUGUGCAAGGAGAUGCAUGGAUAGAUGUUGCUUCUGAAUCAAUAAGGCGAUCCAUGCAUAGUUUGUCAUGA